AUGCGUAACUCAACAGAAGAACUUGAACUAGCAAGAAACGACGGCAAGCGCCAUAUCCUACUAGCAGCCUCAGGAUCCGUUGCGACAAUAAAACUCGUACAGAUAAUAAACGGUCUCAAACAACAAGAAAACAUCUCCAUCCGUCUCAUCCUUACUCAAUCAGCGUCCGAAUUUCUAGCAGGCCAAAGUUUUGAACAGCCUACCGUCGAUCAAGUAGCUCGUCUACCACAUGUAGAUGCUAUUUACACAGAUGCUCACGAGUGGGCACAACCCUGGAAACGCAAUGCGCCUAUUCUACAUAUUGAACUACGUCGCUGGGCGGAUGUGUUGGUGAUUGCGCCUCUGAGUGCGAAUACAAUGGCAAAGAUUGUAAAUGGCCUGUGCGAUAAUCUUUUGACGUCUGUUGUCAGGGCAUGGGAUACUACGGGUAGUGUGGAUGGGGUGAGGAAGAAGAUUCUGGUGGCUCCGGCGAUGAACACGGCCAUGUUUGCGCAUCCUAUUACAGCGACGCAACUCAAGGUGCUGGAUAAGGAUUGGGGAGGGGAUAAUGGUUGGUUUGAGGUUUUGCAGCCGAUUUCGAAGAGUUUGGCUUGUGGUGAUGUUGGGAAUGGGGCUAUGGUGUCUUGGGAGAGGAUUGUGGAAGAGAUUGUACAAAAGAUCAACACUUAG